GUCUUUCCCGCCAUGCUUUCUUUUGGAUUGCAUUCUCAUGCAUGUUCCUGUGGCAAGUGUUCCCCUCCUUCUUUGCCCCUGCUCUGCAAGCUCUUUCCUUGCUGUGCAUGAUGUCCAACAACCGCGAUGCUCGCAUUUUUGGAUCUGCUACUCCCAAUACUGGCUUCGGUAUUCUCUCCUUUACUCUUGACUGGUCCAACUUUGGCACCUACUUCAUGCCCUUGUCGACUCCAUGGUGGGUGUCGGCCAAUUUCUUUGUUGCCAACGCCUUUAUUUUGUGGAUCGUGGUUCCCAUCGUCUAUUACAAAAAUGCAUUCCAUAACCCCACAAUCAAGGGUGCGUACGUCUUUCAAGAUGGUAGCGAUUUCCCCCGAAUUAACUCUCCAUCUCUAUACGACAGAACUGGCUCCAGGGUUAAUCCCACCAAGUUUUAUAACCAGGGAAUUUAUGAUCUCAAUACCACUGCUUAUGAAACUUAUGCUCCCAUCUAUCUUACUGAAAAUUUUGCGGUUACCUACGGUACUUCGUUUUUUGCCCUUACUGCUGGUAUCAUGCACGUCGGACUCUGGUACCACAAGGACAUUGUACGUCAAACCAAAGAGAUGCUUGCUCAGGUCGGCGAGGAAACUCCUGAUAUUCACAACGAACUCAUGAAGGCUUAUCCAGAUAUUCCCGAGUACAUGUAUCUUGGCUGGUUUGCUUUUUGGAUGGCUAUUCAGUUUAUGGUUGGAUACCUUACUCCCUUCAAACUCUCAUGGUGGGGUACCAUCCUGGGUUUCAUUAUUGGUAUUGUUUUCCUUGUCCCAUAUGGAAUUAUCCAAGGCUCCACUGGACAGCAGCUUGGUCUUAACAUUUUGACUGAAUUACUCAUGGGUUUGAUGAUUCCUGGCCAAACCAUUCAGGUCAUGACAUUCAAAUCGUAUGGUUACAACAUCAUGAUUCAGGCUCUUGCGCUUUCUUCUGACUUGAAGAUUGGCCAUUAUUUGCACAUCAAUCCCAUCCACAUGGUCUUUUCUCAGUUGUUUGGUACCAUCAUUGGUGCAGCCUGCAACACUGCCUCUGUCUGGAUUGCCAUUUCUUAUUUCCCUCUCGAUACUCCUGACUGGACUUAUCCUGGCCACACCACUUUCUACAGCGCCGGUGCUAUUUGGGGUGCUAUUGGUCCAGCACGUUUCUUUGGUCCAUCUUCGCCAUAUUAUGCUCUGAACUUGGGUUAUCUGUUUGGUUUGAUUUUACCCGUUCUCCCCUUUCUCGGUAACAAGUUUUAUCCCCACCCAUACUGGCGCUUCAUUCAUUUCCCCAUCAUGACCAAUAUCUUUUACACUGGUGGUAUCAUCUCCGCCGUAUCCUCAUUCAUUAUUGUUGCAUUCAUUUUCCAGUACGUCAUCUUCACAUAUGCUCACGGCUGGUGGGAGAAAUACAACUACGUUCUCUCUGCUGCCUUUGAUGCUGGC